AUGUCAUUCAAUCAGAGACGGCGAAUUUUGAAGCCUCUUCUCUAUACUGCAGGAGCUGUGGUUGGUGGUGGAGGUCUUCUCUACAUCUCAUAUCGACCGCGCAACCUCCCCGGUUCCGAUCCAGCCGCCGUUCCUCCGCCCACUACUCGCGAUGGAAAACUUCAGCCGCCUCAAUUUCCCCUGAUCAAGUCGCGAGACGAGCAGAUCAAUGACUUGAGAAAGCAUUCUGCUGCUGUUCUGCCUAUAAAGGCCCUGAAGGACGUUGUUGAGUCAGCGCAAGGACAAUCGCAGAGUUCAACCGAGAGCUCCGAAAAGGGAAAGGAAGAUGAUAAUGUGUAUGAUAUUCUGGUUAUCGGCGGAGGGGCUACUGGGUCUGGAAUUGCUCUCGAUGCUGCAACACGGGGCCUCCGUGUUGCUCUGGUCGAGCGUGAUGACUUCAGCGCUGGCACAAGUAGCAAGAGUACAAAGCUCGUUCACGGAGGUGUCCGCUACCUGGAGAAGGCAGUUUGGGAAAUGGACUACAACCAAUACGCAUUGGUGAAGGAGGCUUUACGAGAGAGAAAAUACUUCCUUCACACUGCCCCCCAUCUGUCCAUGUGGCUGCCCAUCAUGGUGCCUGUGCAGAAGUGGUGGCAGGUGCCCUAUUUUUGGGCUGGUACGAAAUGCUACGACUUCCUUGCUGGCUCGGAAGGUAUUGAAAGCUCGUACUUCUUGCCCCGAAGUAAAGCCUUAGAUGCAUUUCCCAUGCUUCGGAAAGAUAACCUUUUCGGAGCCCUGGUUUACUAUGAUGGAGCGCAUAAUGACUCUCGUAUGAACGUGUCAUUGGCCAUGACUGCAGCGCUAUACGGAUGUACUGUCGUCAAUCACAUGGAAGUGACAGGGUUGACGAAGGAUGCCAAUGGCAAACUUAACGGGGCCAAAGUCAAAGACUUGAUCGCAGAGAGGAAUGGGGAGAAGGAAGGCGAGUUCACGAUCCGGGCCAAAAGUAUCAUCAAUGCUACGGGUCCAUUCACCGAUUCAAUCAGGAAGCUUGACGAUCCGGGCAUCAAUGAGAUCGUGGCACCAAGUUCUGGGGUACAUAUCAUCCUUCCAGGGUACUACAGCCCUGCAAAGAUGGGACUGAUAGACCCUUCAACGUCAGAUGGUCGGGUUAUCUUCUUCCUGCCUUGGCAAGGGAACACCAUUGCAGGCACCACAGACAGCCCGACUGAGAUCACUAAGGACCCUAUUCCAUCUGAAGAGGACAUCAACUGGAUUCUCAGUGAGAUCCGAGGAUACCUGGCACCCGACAUCAACGUCCAGCGUGAUGACGUCCUGGCAGCGUGGUCUGGAAUCCGGCCCUUAGUCCGAGACCCCAAGGCCAAAAAUACCGAGUCUCUCGUGCGCAACCAUUUGAUCUCCGUUUCGAACUCUGGCCUACUAACCUGCGCUGGUGGUAAAUGGACCACCUACCGGCAAAUGGCCGAGGAGGCAGUUGACGAAGCCAUCAAGCAGUUCAACCUUCAGCCGGGGAAGCCUCUCUCAAACCCCAACACCAGCGGCGUCCUCUCGUACAGUGGCAGCGCCGUGCUAGAUGGAACUUGCCAGACACACAAAGUUCGACUGAUGGGCGCCCAUGGAUACUCGAAGACGCUCUUUAUCAACCUUAUCCAGCACUUUGGCCUCGCAACUGACGUAGCUAAACACCUUACUCAAUCCUACGGUGAUCGAGCGUGGGAAGUGGCCGCCUUAUCAAAUGCUACUGACACGCGCUUCCCGCUGAGAGGCGUGCGUCUCUCACCCCUCUACCCGUUCAUCGAUGGUGAGGUCCGAUAUGCUGUGCGCCGCGAAUACGCCCAGACCGCGGUCGACGUGCUGGCUCGACGAACAAGACUGGCCUUCCUAAACGCCCAAGCCGCCCUGGAGACGCUUCCCGUCGUCAUCGAUCUCAUGGCUGAAGAGCUUAAGUGGGACGCAAGGCGAAAACAGACGGAAUGGGACGAUUCCGUAAAGUUCCUGAUGUCCAUGGGUCUUGACAAGAGGCGGCUCGGGAUCUCCAGGAAGGACGUGGAAGCCAGAAAGUUUUAA